CGGUCCGGGGGUCCGGGGGGUCCGGGGGUCCGGGCGCCAUGUCGGGCAGCUUCGAGGAGCGCAGCGGGGUGGUGUGGUGCGGGACGCCGUGGGGCCGCUGGUACCAGACCCUGGACGAGGUGGUCGUCGAGGUGCGGGUCCCGCCGGGCACCCGCGCGCAGGACAUCCGCUGCGGCCUGCACAGCCGACACCUGGCGCUGCGCCUCAACGGCCGCCACAUCCUCCAGGGUAAGCUCUUCGAUUCUACAAUAGCGGAUGAGGGAACGUGGACAUUAGAGGACAGAAAAAUGGUGCGCAUCGUUCUCACCAAGACCAAGAGAGAUGCUGGAAACUGUUGGAGUUCCCUGUUAGAGAACGAGUAUGUGGCUGAUCCUUGGGUUCAGGACCAGAUGCAGAAGAAACUUACGCUGGAAAGAUUCCAAAAUGAGAAUCCUGGUUUUGACUUCAGUGGAGCAGAAAUCUCAGGAAACUACAGCAAAGGAGGCCCGGACUUUUCCAGUCUUGGAAAAUAAAAACUGUUGAAGUUUUAUAGCUGGAAUACUCGUUUUCAGUGCACAUUUCAACCAGAAUACGACGGCAGAAUCAGGACAGCCUGUCUAGAGUCAGCACAGCGUGGUUUGGGAAGAAGCAGAUGAGCACCUCCGUGCAGUGGGAGACGACUACAAGGAUGGUUUUCUUUCAUGUGUCUCUGUACGAGAGUGUAGUUUCAAGUAAAUAUUGCCUGUAAAUAAUCUUUAGGUAGCAAAAAAUCCAGUAUAUCAGUGAGGUCCGAUGCUUAAUAAAGAUAGUUGUAUCUGAUCGAAGCAAAGAUUUUUGAACUUGGCAGCCCCGAAAUCAUGACUGGACCAAGACUCUUCUGUUGUUUUAACUGGAGACUCCAUCCGGCAACAAUUGGAAAAGAUGGAAGUGUUCAGGGGCAAAUGGGCAUAGAGUGGGUGAAAAAGACUCAUCAUUCCUGGACAAAAUAUUAUUGAGAUAGAUCUAAGAUGUUCAUAUACUGGAAUAAAAUUAGUUCCAUCGGAGAGCAGUGAUUUUCACGGGAUGGGAUUCCGUAGAGUUCAUUUCAAGAAAACAAGGACUGAAGGAAAUGCAUUUACUGUUUGCUUUCCAGGAUUGGUAAAUUAAAACUAUAAUAGAAUAA